GCUGCAAUUGGGUUGAAAACGAGUAUUUGUCUCAAGUUUUCCGAUCGAUGUCCGACUCCGGACAGUGUCUUAAUACGUGUGAAUCACUCAGAGGUGAUGAUCAAAGAUAUUCCUCAUCAGCCUAUUCAGCCAAUUGUUGUUUCCGAAGUGAAUAAUUACAAGCGUUUUUACAAAGAGUUGUAUCGAUUAGGUUCGGGAGCUUUUGGGGAAGUGCUGACCAAUUACGGAAAUGUAUGCAAGAAAUGCAAAAAUUGUUAAUAGGUCAGAAUAUUGUAUCCAAUAUAUGAGACAAUGGUAUGAAGUCAAUGUAUAUUAAAUUCAUAUGGAAUUGUGUUCCAAUAGUCUUGAGAAUAUUCUUCAACAUAAACCACAAGUA